AUGCCCACUGCGGUGACGCCGCGGCUCCAUGUGUGUUGAGAAGCGCAUUAUUUGGCAACAGAGGCGGUAGCGGGGAGGGCAGAAAAAAAGAGGGUAUCCCCUGGAUUUUUAAAUAACAUCGAAUUAUCGGAGCUGAUUGUCAUCCUAAAUACCUUGGACGACCCACAGUCGACGGAUUGCUGUCGAAUCGACCGAGGGGAUGUCUGAGGAGGCUGUUCGUCAGACACGCAGCCAGAAGAGGGCGCUGGGGAGGGAAAUCUCACCCCAUGAUUCUGAAGCACCUCCCACUCAGUCUGACAGCAAAAAGCUCAAACUAGACGGGGCCGAGACUGGAGAUCCGGACCAGGAUCAUGAGAGCCCAAAUAAACCACAACCAGAACCACAACCCGAAACAACAAAGGAUGACCAGGACCUGGUUAAACCUCUGGUCAAGCCUGUGGUCCAGCCUGAGAAGGCAAUGGAACCAGAACUACCCCGAUUAACAUUACCGUUAGUGUUACCAUCACACCCGGCGCAAGAGCAAGAGCAAGAGCAGGACCGGGCCCCGAAACAGUCAGAACAGAGCUUAGAGAACCYGACUGAGCGGAAUAACCGCGGCGACCAGGUAAAGGUGAAGAGUGAGAUGCAUCUAGAUGGGCAGAACCGGACUGUGCUGUCAGAACCAAAGGUGGCCAGUAGCAUGAUGACGUCAACGGAGGUGAAGGCUACCAUUAAAGUGGAGGUCCAGACAGGAGAGCAGGCUCUGGACAUGAGCACCUCUAGAGGCGCCAUAAAGAGGGAGCCGGGUCCCCCGUCCCCAGAUGAUGACGAUGAUGAUGAUGAUGAUGUCAUUGUCCUGUCAGAUAACGACUCCUGCAGUCCGCCGAUGAACGGUUUGAACCACUUCAAGGAGCUGGACACAGUCCUACUCAUGGUUAACAGAGCAAGGCCAGAGGGAGGGAUCGCAUCAUCAAAACAGUUGAAGGAGGAGCUGAGGUGUGGAGGAGGCCAAAGUCUGGUGCUGCUGAAGAAACCUACGCCAGAGCCAGACACAGAAGGAGUGUUGCAGAAGCCCUCAGGAUUGUCGGGUUCUGCGGCUCCUCCAUCUCUGAUCCGGGGAUCCAUCGCAGCCAGCAAAGGCUCCCAGCAGGUGGUGUCAGGUAGGAGUUCAGGCACAGUCAUUCCACCUCCUCUGGUGAGGGGCGGGCAGCAGAUCUCCUCCAAACAUGGCUCCCACAACUCCCAGAUCAUCAUGCCACCUCUGGUUAGAGGGGCACAGCAGAUCCAGUCUCUCCGGCAGCAGCAGCAACAGCAGCUGUCAGGGUCUGGCUCAGGGAGCUCUGGCCCCCCUCCUCUGCUGCUGGCCCCCAGGGCCAACGUACCCGGCUCUCAGGCCCAGAGAGGCCUCAUGCAGUCAGGCCUCAUCAGGGUGGGCAACGUCAACAAUGCCAGCCUGCUGGUUAACAUCUCACAAGCCUCUCCAACCAACAUGAAGGGUUCUUCUAUCUCUUCCCAGUCUGGAAACAACGUGAACGACUCUCCUGCCGCCCGUCAGGCUGCGGCUAAGCUAGCCCUGCGUAAGCAGCUGGAAAAGACCCUUCUGGAGAUUCCUCCUCCCAAGCCUCCCGCCCCAGAGCUCAACUUCCUGCCCUCGGCAGCCAACAACGAGUUCAUCUACCUAGUGGGCCUGGAGGACGUGGUGCAGAACCUGCUGGACUCCAUGAUGAGAGCUAAAACAGGGUUGCCCCCGGUCAAGCCUGCCAUCAAAGAGCCCUUCACCUGCAUCCAGUGCAGCACCGACUUUACUUGCCGCUGGAGGCAGGACAAGGCCAAGGGCGGGACCAUACUCUGUGCUGACUGCAUGUCCUCCAAUCAGAAGAAAGCCCUGAAGGCUGAGCACACCAAUAGGCUGAAGGCUGCGUUCGUCAAGGCCCUGCAGCAGGAGCAGGAGAUAGAGCAGCGUAUCCUCCAGCAGGCCGCCUCCCCUGUCUCUCACACCCCCUCCUCCUCUUCCUCCUCCUCCUCCUCUCCAUCGGUAAAGGCGGAGCAUCUGAUGUCCCAGCAGCUGAAGCAGGUUCAAGCCCAGGCUAGGGUCUCCUCUUUGCAGCACCAUCACCAUCACCAGCAGCAGAACAGAGGACAGAGCAUUGCACGCCACCACUCCAACAUCAAACAGAGCCCUCAGGGCCAGCUCUCCCGUAGCGGUAUCCCAUCGGUGGGGGUGAGGGGCGUGUCCCACUCCUUCUCCUCCUCCUCCUCUCAGCUGCAGAGCGCUGUGGCCGCUGCGGCCUUGGUCAGCCGGCCAGGUAAGCAUGCCCAUGUGCGCCCCGCUGCCCAGGGUUCAAAGGGCAGCUCCAGUGGGAACAGCAGCAGAGGUAGCGCCCAAGCCACUGCAUGGAGGAAGCAUAACAUCAACACAGGUGUGACAUGGCCUAUGUGA